AUGUCCUCUGAUACCAGCGACAUCGAACUGGAUUACGACAGCACCGAAGGCUACGAAGACGACGAAGACGCAAUCGACUUAGACUCGAACGACCCCUCCUCAGAUGACGGCGACGGAUCAUCCAGCUUCAACAUGGUGCCCAUGGCCACCCAGCCCACCAAACCCCUCUACCAGGUCGAAUUCAGCGUCCUCGACGAAUCCGAACUCACCCAGCGUCAGGUCAGGGAAGUCGAACAUGUCGCCGGAAUCAUCGGAAUCGCCGGGAAGGAUGCCGCCCUCGUCCUCCGAUACUUCGGCUGGAACAAGGACCUUCUCAUGGAAAAAUACAUGGAUUCACCAGAGAAAGUCUUCCGAGACGUCGGAAUCAGGACCGACCUCGAGCUCAACAAACCUUCGUCAUCCAAGCGCCGGACACGCUCUACGCCGCAAUUUGAAUGCCAGAUCUGCUUCAACAACGAGCCCGGCCAGGACACGAUCUACCUGCCCUCCUGUCCGCCCUUGCCGAAAGACAAAGGGGCGCCGGCCAGCAGCGGCGGCUCGCAGUCAGUCAAACACGAGUUCUGUCGAGACUGCUAUACGUUCUACGUUGAGGCGAAGAUCAAGGAGGGCGAGUCGCGGACGAUCGAAUGCAUGGAGUCCGAAUGCAAGCAGAUUGUGGACGAAAAUACGAUUGUCAACCUGCUCACCGCUAGGGACGCUAGUCUGCCCGAGGCCGACAAACUCAUGGCCCGCUUCCAAACCCUCCUCAACCGCACCUUUGUCGACGAUAAUCCCGCGCUCAAGUUCUGCCCCGCCCCGAACUGCAUCUACACCAUCGAGUGUCAUGUCUCCAAGAAGAGCCUCGACACCGUCGUUCCCAGCGUCACCUGUCUCUGUGGCCAAAGAUUCUGCUUUGGUUGUUCGUUGGCAGAUCAUCAGCCCUGCAUAUGUCCCAUCGUCAAGCUCUGGUUACAGAAAUGCGAGGAUGAUAGUGAGACGGCGAACUGGAUCUCGGCAAACACCAAGGAAUGCACGAAGUGUCACUCGACCAUCGAGAAGAACGGGGGCUGCAAUCAUAUGACUUGCAAGAAGUGCAAGCAUGAGUUCUGUUGGGUCUGUACCGGCCUUUGGGCCGACCAUGGCACCGCUUGGUACAGCUGUAACAGAUUUGAAGAGCGGGACGAGGUUGGGAAAGACCAACAAUCCAAGUCUCGAGCCUCCCUCGAAAGAUACUUACAUUAUUAUAACCGGUUUGCAAACCACGAGACAUCGUUGAGGCUAGACAAGGAGUUGCACGCGAAGACGGAGAAGAAGAUGGAGGAGAUCCAGCACGCCUCGAACCUGAGCUGGAUCGAGGUGCAGUUCCUGAACAAGGCAGUAGAGACCUUGAGCGUGUGUCGGACGACGCUGAAGUGGACCUAUGCGAUGGCCUUCUAUCUCGAGAGGAACAACUUCACCGCGCUCUUCGAAGACAACCAACGUGAUCUCGAACAGGCCGUCGAAGACCUCUCCGGACUCCUGGAGUCGCCCAUCGAGGCCGACACAAUCGCCGAACUCCGCCAGAAAGUCACCGACAAAACCGUCUAUGUGCACAAGAGGAACGAGAUCAUGCUCGAGGAGACUGCGAGGGAUUACCAAGACGGUCGGGUGUUCUGGAACACCAACUUCAAACUGUGA